CAGUAUUGGGGUUGGGAUGGCAUAUGAGAGUGAGUGCGGAAUGUAUUGUACGUAUGGGUGUGACUGUAAACAGAUCUUAAGCCAAACUUUCUGUCAUCACAUGAAUCUCAAGACAUGUUAACCGCAAAAGUUUGCCAAACUUUCUCGACACUCAUGUUUAGUUAAAUUGAUAGGAAUUGUAUAGAAAAUAAUGAUAAUUCUUGUAUUAUAUUCAUUGCUGUCGUGUAUGAUAUCAUUGGGAGGAGUGGUGGGCCAACAGAACCCAACCAUUUCGUUCAUAACUAAGGAGAAAGUGGUCAGUAUUGGGGACUCACUGGAAGUGUACUGUCAGGUGCAGUAUGCGAAGGACUACCCGGUUGUGUGGACUAAAGUGAAUCACGACAACCCCAACAACCACUUAUUUAUCUCCCGGGGCUCGACCACUAUUAUACCCGACAGUCGCUACUCCGUGCGAUUCGAUGAAAAGCAAUCCAUUUAUACGUUAGUUAUAUCCAAAGUACAAGAGAUCGAUUCCGGGGAAUACCGGUGCGAAAUCACUACUGGCAUCUCCAGCAAAGUCUCGGCUGACGUUAACGUGUUCAUACAAAUCCCUCCAGUGAUCAGUGAUAACAGCACUCGAAGUGUGAUUACAUAUGUGGGCGCAAACGUAACCCUCCAAUGCUAUGCAUCAGGUUAUCCGCCGCCACUUAUCUCCUGGCGUCGGGAGCAAAACCAACUGCUCCCGAAUGGGAUGGCGUACUAUAGGGGUAAUAGUCUGCGGUUAGACAACAUCACCAAAGACACGAGAGGCACCUAUUACUGUGUCGCUGACAACGGUGUCAGUAGUGGUGCGCGAAGACAUAUUGGGGUGGAGGUGGAGUUCCCGCCGUUUAUAUCCAUAGCUCGACCACAGACAGGUCAGGCCCUACAAUAUGACGCUGACCUGCACUGUCAUAUUGAGGCGUUCCCGAGUCCCAGUGUUUUGUGGCUAAAGGACGGGCAGCUUUUGAAUGACAACCAACACUACCAGAUCUCCAUCUUUGCCAGAAGUGACGAAUUCACGGACACAACACUCCGUGUGAAGCGUAUUGAGAAGAGGCAGUACGGGCUGUACUCGUGUCGGGCCGUCAAUAAGUUGGGGUUCAGGGAGGAAGUGAUUGAAUUGGUUGAGACGGUGAACGUCGUGUGUCCGCCCGCUUGUAAUGUAGGCCUUCAAUACACUUCAGACGCCUUCAGAAUCUUGUCGUCCUUUUUACAUAAAAUAGCCGUUCCUUUGAGUCUCAUUCUCAGCACCAGAUAUAUUGGAUUUGCUUAGCCCAGAGUACCUCAAGAGUUAUGUUUUCCACAAAAUGUUUUUAUUUAAUCAUAACAGACAACAUUUGAUAUAGUAUUCAUAAAACUUUAUUUACAAAAUACUGAUUUUAUUUCAAUUAUAAUGUGAGUCAAUGCAUUGAGCUGUCGAUGAAUCUCAUUUAAAGGCAAAUUGAGUGCAAUCAUUGAUACUUUCGUAGAUGAGA